AUGGCAUCGACCCAUCCCCAUACCUUUGCUGAAGAGACAACCUCACGGCGACGCAAUACGAAACCACGAAGUACACAUACCUCCAAGCGAAAUGUAUACGGAAAACGGAGAACAGAUGCCCCAAGGGCAGUGCUUGAAGAGCGAAGCCCUGCAAAACCCCAGACCAUGACGUAUCCCGAUACAAUUCAACAAUCUGUCGAUUGCAUCCAGGCAAAGUUGGCGGAUAUCCAGCUUGAUGAGACGAAGACAGCGGAAUACAUGGAAGAGGAGCAUAAGAAAGAUGAUACCAACAUAGAGACUUCAGCGCCUAUUCAUAUAGUUGAUGAGAUACCUAAGCCGACGCCCACAUCACUCACAGAGCCCGCCCCGGUUCAACAACCGUCAACGAAAGCCACUCCGGUCGCCAAGAAAAGAUUCCAGGAAAUGGUGGCAGUAAGAAUAACACCAAGGGUUAUCCCACAAGGAUCGCAGGAGCAAGCGAAAAAGGUGGCAAAUAAUACUCCUGCUGCGCUAGACAGCUGCAAGCGAAGCGCAAGGAAGACUAAACCGACCCGACGGACCUCAUCCGGAUACGUUUCCAACGAAAAGGCGAAUUCCUACGUUCGUUCUAUCCUGGAUCAAACACUGUCCCCAGUGGCGGCACUGGGCAUUCAGAAAUUCGAUUCAUGGGCUGCGCGUGCAGGUGAAAUGUUGGAAGUUGUCAAAUUGGCCGAAGGCUCUUACGGAGAGGUCUACAAACUCAGGCUAAGAGAGGAUAUAUGUCAGAAGGAGAUGUCCAAAUCCAAACUGGCACGCCUCAAGGCAUGUGGUGACGGUGUUUUCAAGGUUGUCCCUUUACGGGCCCAGAGCGGUCCUGGAUCAAAGAAGUUCACUAGCAUUGAGGAAAUUGUGGCGGAGGUGAAGAUGUUAAAAUACCUGGACCCCAUACCAGGUUUUGCACGAUUCAGAGAAAUUCACGUUGUGCAAGGUCGAUUUCCAGAGGCCUUCCAAAAAGCCUGGGACCGUUACAAGAAAACGAAGAAUGACUGCCUUAACCCUAACCCUUCGAGUAAAAGAGCCUAUCCAGAUUCACAGAUCUGGGCGAUUAUUGAAAUGGAUGAUGCGGGCUGUGAACUUGAGAAGUUUUCUUGGGCGUCGAUUUUCCAGGUUUAUGAUAUCUUCUGGGGUGUUGCCAUGUCUUUAGCUCGUGCUGAAGAAUAUGCCUUAUUCGAGCAUCGUGAUCUUCAUCUUGGCAAUGUCUGCAUACGGAGCACGCGAUCAGAUGGUCAUAUGCAUCCACCAUCAGAUAUGGAGGUCAUGCGUCAAGCAGAGUCAAGCUCAAGCGGUUACGGGUUGAGCACAUUGGAGACAACUCUUAUUGACUAUUCCCUUUCGCGGGCGGAAUUAUUGAUGGACGAGACGGCGGAACUGAUGGAAGUAACCUCUUCGGACCUGGACAAAAAGCAGAUCUUUGAUGCGAUUGGUCAAGACGAAGAUGACGCUCUACUAAGGGACACAUAUCGACAUAUGCGCGCCCAGUUAUACAAAGGCAACCCAGUUGACACGGAGAAAACACCUGAUAUCCCCGGGAUUUGGGCUGAAUAUGCUCCUCGGACGAAUCUGAUUUGGCUUCGAUUCCUCCUCAAAAUGCUGCUAAGGAACAAGAAACCCGAAGCUCCAGAGCCUGUGGCCCAAAAGCCACGACAACCUCUUGCCCCGCGUUCAUCCAAUAAAGAAAUAAAGAAGACAACCAAGUCGGACAAAAAGCAGGUCGCUUCCAAUGAGACCCAGGUUGGUUCGGAUGUCCACGCCACAAUCAUGCAGCUAAAGCAGACAAUCGAGGACAGGCUUAAUGCUGUUCUUGAACUUCUAGAUCUGGAACACGGUCACCAAGACAUGUGUUGUGCUGCAGAUCUAGUUGCAUUUGCUAUGGAUGCCCAAUGGCUUGGUGAGCAGGAUUUCUUUUCUGCAUGA